AUGAAGCUGGUGGUUCCUCAUGGGCUGAUCUGUCGUGGGCUCGACGGCAGGUUAUCAGCUUUCGAGGUCGGCGUUCAGAAGUAUUGGGACCAGGGAGACCUGACGCGCGACAUCAUGGUGGACUGGCUUCAGAAGCCCUGGGGGGCAGCCGCGCAACGGGUGCAGGGCGCGCGAGCUACUGCGGAGGCGCCCACGGAGGUCGAGACGAAGGAGAAGCAGGCGAUGGGCAUCAGGAGCAGCUGGGGCAGCGGACGGACCAGGAGACGCAGCAGGAGGAGCCUAUUGGUGCCUGGGAGCAUCGGCGACGCGGGGAACUGCGGCAUCGACAAGCGCCAGUCGCGGCGGCGUCUGGGGAGCCGCUGCCUGCAGAAGCAGGAGACACUCCGCGAGUCCUGCAGGCUGAGGUCGCAGAAGGAGGAGCUCGAGGAGGCUCGGAAGCUGGCGGACCAGAAGAAGGUGCAAGACAUGGUCCGCAAGCCUGGCUGGUGGGGGGAGCCGGCCAGGGCAAACCGAGCUCCGCCCAAGGUGUGGGUGGGAGUCAGGCCGACGGAGAUGGCCUACUCGGACGGCUCGAGCUGGCCGCUGGUCGUGAGCACGAAG